AUGGAUUCGAGUCAGGAGUACCGCUGCCCCGUCUACUCGUCCAGCAGCAUCGACGCUGAGAAGCGCGCGCAGCUCCUCGAGCGCCCCGUCAAAUCCUCGAAGGACAUCCUCGCACUCGUCUCGCCGAUUCUGCAGUCGGUGAGGGAGGGCGGCGACGAUGGCUUGCGGUCCUGCGUCGUCAAGUUUGACCGGUGUGUCCCAGCGGAGGACGCAAGCUUCCCUUUGACACUGCAGGCGCCCUUCUCCGACGAGCUCGCGAAGAUCGACCCCAAGGUGAAGGAGGCUAUCGAUGUUGCGUACAAGAACAUCAAGGCUUUCCACGGAGCGCAGAUGGAGCGGGAGUCUGAGCCGAUCCGAGUGGAGACAAUGCCCGGCGUUGUAUGCCAGCGGUUCGCUCGACCAAUCGGCAGUGUCGGUCUCUACAUUCCCGGAGGAACGGCGGUCCUGCCCAGCACGGCGCUGAUGCUCGGCGUCCCCGCCCAAGUCGCUGGCUGCAAGAACAUCACCCUCGCCACCCCUCCCCGACCCGACGGCUCCAUCUCCCCCGAAAUCAUCUACAUCGCCCAGCUCGUCGGUGCGAAAACGGUCGUCAAGGCCGGCGGUGCGCACGCUAUCGCGGCGAUGGCGUAUGGAACGAAGAGCGUGCCCAAGGCGGACAAGCUGUACGGGCCCGGGAACCAGUUCGUUACGGCGGCGAAGAUGAUGGUCGCGAUGGACUCGGGUGCGAAGUGCGCGAUCGACGUUCCCGCAGGACCUUCCGAGGUUCUCAUCAUCGCCGACAAGACCGCAGACCCCGUCCUCGUCGCCUCCGACCUGCUCGGCCAGCAGGAGCACGGCCUCGACUCGCAGUCCGUCCUCGUCACGAUCGACUGCGCCGACUCGUACGUCGAAGCGGUCAACGCGGCGGUCGAGCAGCAGGCGCAGGCGCUUCCUCGUGCCGAGAUCCUGCGGAAGAGCUUGAGCCAGAGCUUCAUCCUGCAGACCCGGAGUGUUGAGGAGGCUUUCGAGUUCUCGAACGACUAUGCCCCCGAGCACUUGUUGCUCUACUUGAAGGACGCGGCCAAGACGGUCGAGCUGGUGGAGAACGCUGGAUCGGUCUUUGUUGGACCCUGGUCACCUGUCGCGUGCGGUGACUACGCCUCGGGCACCAACCACACUCUCCCCACCGUCGGCUACGCCAAGCAGUACUCUGGCGUUUCGACCUCUUCCUUCCUCAAGCACUUCACCUCGCAGGAACUCUCUUCCGACGGCCUCAAGAACCUCGGCCCUUACGUCGAGAUUCUCGCCGAUGUCGAGCAGCUCGGCGCGCACAAGGCGAGCGUCAGCUUGCGGCUGGACAAGAUCAAGCGCGAGGACCUGUAG